AUGGUUGAAAUCCCCAUCGGUGUGAAACUAAGACCCAUUAUGAUUGAACAAAGAGAUUCCCUGGUGUACCAGCACGUUAUGAUUAUUGAUGAACCUGAUGGUGGCCACCCCUGGUAUUACGACAUUUGGAGAUUUGUGGAAAGGGCAGAAUAUCUUGCUGAUGCGAGCAAGAAAGACCGAAUUGCUCUCCAAAGGCUCGCAGCCAAAUACAUCAUUUGCGGGGGAAAUUUGUAUCGGAUGUCACACUGUGGAAUGCACAAGCUAUGCAUCCAUGGAGCAAAAGUGAAAAGAGUGAUGAAGGAGAUUCACGAAGGAGUCUGCGGUCCUCAUAUGAACAACAUGAUGCUCGCCAAGAAAAUUCUCAGACAGGGAUACUUCUGGUCCAUCAUGGAAACAUAG